AGAACUCGAUCGGAAGUCAGAAACUAUUCCUAUAGAGCUCUAAUCCAAUCAUAUAAAAUAUUAUUCAGCUUCAACCACGUAAAAACACACUAUGGAAGAUCCAUUUUUGUACACAAGUACCCUUUCCCUUAUCAUCGUUCUAAUAGCUUUGAAGCUCUUUCUCCAAACUAAAAAACGACACGAAAACCUCCCACCAUGCCCGCCUUCACUUCCCAUCAUCGGCCACCUCCAUCUCUUGAAAAUCCCUAUCCACCGAGCCCUCUACCGUCUGUCCGAAAAAUACGGCCCCGUUUUCUCCCUUUGGUUUGGGUCUCGUCGCGUUGUUGUCGUUUCAUCACCCUCCGCCGUCACGGAAUGUUUCACAAAAAACGACGUCGUCCUCGCCAACCGCCCUCCCCUCCUCAUGAGCAAGCACCUCGGCUACAACUACACCACCAUGGCGUCCUCCCCCUACGGCGACCACUGGCGCAACCUCCGCAGCAUCGGCGCCAUCAACAUCUUCUCCGCGAGCCGCCUGACCACGUUCUUGGGCAUCCGGAGGGACGAGAUCAAGCGAUUGCUCGUCAAACUCUCUCGGAAUUCGAUGGACGGUUUCGCUAGGGUUGAGCUGAAGUCGAUGUUUUCGGAGAUGACGUUCAACAUCAUAAUGAGAACGGUGGCGGGGAAGCGGUACUACGGCGACGACGUGACGGACGAGGAUGAGGCCGCGAGGUUCAGGAAGAUCAUGAAGGAGGCUAGCGCCUACGGCGGGGCGGUGAAUCCCGGGGAUUUCUUGCCGAUUCUGAAUUUGUUUGUCAAGGAAGGUUAUGAGGAGAAGGUGAAGAGGAUUGCUAAGGCUGCGGAUUCCUUCUUGCAAGGUUUGAUUGACGAGCAUCGGAUCAAGAAAGAGAGUAGAAACACCAUGAUUGGUCAUUUACUUUCUCUAGAGGAGUCGCAGCCUGAAUACUACACUGACCAAAUUAUCAAAGGCCUUAUAAUGAACUUGUUAUUGGCCGGGACAGACACAUCUUCAGUAACAUUAGAAUGGGCAAUGUCCAAUCUGCUUAACCAUCCCCACGUCCUCAAGAAAGCCAGAGCUGAGCUAGAUGCUCAAGUUGGUCAACGACAAAUGGUUGACGAACCAGAUCUUUCAAAACUAUCCCACCUCCAAAACAUCAUCUCCGAGACACUUCGGCUGUACCCAGCAGCUCCGCUACUCGUGCCACAUUACUCGUCUGACGACUGUACCAUCGACGGAUAUGACGUGCCACGUGACACGAUCUUAUUGGUCAAUGCGUGGGCAAUACAUAGGGACCCUAAGCUUUGGGAUGAUGCGGAGAGUUUUAAACCCGAGAGGUUUGAGACUAGUAGUGAAGGUGGUGAUCAGGACACCAAGAUGAUGCCAUUUGGCCUGGGACGGAGGGCAUGUCCUGGUGCGGGCAUGGCCCAAAGAGUAGUGGGUUUGACUUUGGCGUCGUUGAUUCAAUGCUUUGAGUGGGAGAGAGUUAGCGAGGAAGAGAUCGACAUGGUUGAAGGUAGAGGGGUCAUUAUGCCAAAAGCUGUGCCGUUGGAGGUCAUGUGUAAAGCACGCACUAUCAUGAAGACCGCAUCUCUUUCAGAUUCUCUGGUUGAUAUUUGAUAUAUAUAAAUAUAUAUAUUUACAUAUAUGGAUAAAUUUGGUUAAUAUGUUAUUGACUAAAUGUGUAUGAGUUCUAGCAAUGUUAUCAACUUGAAUUAUAUAACAUUACUUACUCUAUCAUUUCAAAAGUUGUAGUAUCUAGGUAGAAUCCUGAUCAAUUAUGCAAGUCUACCUAGAUCAAUUAUGUAAGUGGAUAUAUAUCAGACGUGUUUUUAA